AUGGGCAUGUUUAAAUACAUCCUAUAUCGAGUUCUGUUCCCUGCCUCAGACUAUCAUCCAAUAUUGAUAGUGAAGAGGAUGAAGAAAUCAAAGGAGCUGAAGAACUUUCCGUUUAUAGUAGUAGCCGUUAUAGGUUAUUACCAACGGCUAGUUUUCCUACUAUUUUGGGAAACUCUACAGCUGUCAUUCUUAGCUGUCUUAGUCCUUUAUGCUGUAACAAUUUCUAUCCUAGGUGUAAGAAUCGUAGCCUCCAAUGACCUUGAAUGGCUGGAGAUGAGUCCUUGUAUCCUAGCACUAAAACCAGCAAACAAAAUACCAAAUUCUAACAUGGUAUCAGAGCUUCUGGUUCUGCAGGUGGAGAUUUACGAACUCCACAGUUCAACGGUUCAAACUAUGAUUUUUGGUCAGUAA